AUGAAUGUCAAAAUAUUUCAUCUUUCUAUUAAUAUACGAUUAUCUUAUGAUGCAGUUGAUAGAAAAUCUCGUAAAAAAGAAGGAGCAUUUUUUGUACAAGUACUUUCUGAAAAAGAAAUUGUUGUUGUAUCCAAAGCACCAUCAUCAAAAUUAUCGGGUUCUGGUCCGCAAUCUAUUCAAUCAUUCGUACGAACGCCAUCAUAA